UUUACCUUCAUGUGUCUGACACUGUGGGAUACCUAUGUGUGUAGGAGCAAAUGUGUACUGGUCUAAUCAAGUCAAUUGUCCUCGUUGAGCCGCUCUUCAAUCUUCGCCUGGUGUGACUUCAUCGCGCCACUUCAACUGUUCUGUGGAAAGCAAGCCGAAAACACAAAUCUUAAGGGAAUCAGAGGAGUUGUCAGGAUGUUGAUCACCAUGCUCACAGCCAUGUACGUGAUGGUCAGAGUUGCAGAAUCGAUAGGAGAGCACUUUUGCCGCGAACAGGAGCCCUUGCCUUACAUGGUGUCCCAGCCUUUGCCUUGGCAAGUGCAUUCAGUGUCACACAGCCGCAGAAGCAGCAAAGCAGACGAGCUCGACGGCUUCAGAAGAAACAGCAUGGGCGUGUAUAGAAAGUACUCAAAUGCUAGCAACGGCACGUGCUGCACCGAGUUGGCCGGUCCUCCCCCCCUCAGCCCCGUGGAAGUGGAGAAGGCCGCAGCCACCAUCCAGACGCAUUUUAGGAAGUUCCAACAGAAGAAGCAAAAGAACGGCAAGUAAACCCUUCGCACCUGUUUGGACGCCGGCACACAAGUGCAGAUGGAGUAUCACUAUUGGUUCGCUGGCUCCCUCAAGUGGAAUCCGGGGGG